ACGGGUCUUUCAUGACGGUUGCUGACAGAAUCAUCCGUGCAUCAUCCGUGCGUGUCUCUGUAGUGCUCAAUGACGUAGGGAGUAGACUGCACUAGCUAUCCAUGACCACAGGAAGGCAUCGAUGAGCCUUGUCUGCCACAAGAGUCCACUGUACCUGCAGACCAAAGAUUGUGGAAUAAUAACAUAGCAUUUUUUUUGUUGCGUGUGAACAAUUAAGCAUUUAUAGACACAAUGAUUAUGAUUUGUUUUUUUAUUUUAGUUUAGUUUAUUUAUUUUAGUCUUUUAUUUCCAGAAUGUUCCAGAGGUUAGAGUACAGGUGGAUAUGAUAAAUAUAUUCCGGGUAAGAGACCGAACGAACGUAAUGUUAACUGAUAUAUUCUCAUCCAUUCAUGGGCAAAACGCUGUAGAAUAAUACUGGAGUGAUGCAGUAGACGUUGGAUUGAGGUCUACUAUACGUCACUAUUCUCCAGGCGCUUGCUGAAGCCCUGAUUGGUAGAACACCGUGCACCACUCACGAACAGAACUGUACAAAGAGAUCUACUGCAUCUCUCCCGUGAAGCCUCAUCCCCGCCAGCGUUGCAACGGUUAGCGAAUGAAGGGGACGCGCAUGGAGACAUAUACCCUAUGUGUAUCAUAACUGCAGAAUAUGAGGAUUUAUCAGCAUUUUACGGCAUGCCUCGUUGUAUCCACUGGCCUUUGUAAGGAAUUAAAUGGAAAGCAAUGCGUUUCAUAGAUCGCGGGAAAAUGUGGAGGAGACGGCAUGCAUGGCAGGUGCUUUUGUGGUGGCAUCACUUCUUUCUCUUGUGGAAUACAAUAGACGGCCAGGCUCGCUACACCAUCCCGGAGGAACUAAAGCAGGGCUCCUUGGUUGGGAAUAUUUCGAAAGAUCUAGGAUUGGUUGUCUCUGAACUCUACCAACGUAAAUUACGGAUAACGUCCGAGGCUGGGAGGCAGUAUUUCACCGUUGACCUGGCGAAGGGAGAGCUGUUGGUGAGUGAGCGGAUAGACAGAGAGGGGCUGUGUGGACCCAAGUCACCGUGUCUGUUGCCUCUGGAGGUCGUCAUAGAAAACCCGUUGCAGCUGUAUCAUGUCGAUGUGGAAAUACAAGACAUUAAUGACAAUUCACCCGAUUUCGCUACAAAAGAAAAUAUACUAAAAAUAGCAGAGCUCGUUAACCCAGGUGCGAGAUUUCCUUUGGAGAACGCACGGGAUCCCGACGUUGGGUCGAAUUCAGUGCGUUCUUACGCGAUAAGUAAAAACGACCAUUUCAAAUUGAACGUUAAAAACCACAAAGACGGUAGCAAAGUCCCCGAGCUAAUUCUGGAAAAGCCGCUCGACAGGGAGAAACAACCUGUGCACAGGCUCGUUUUGACAGCCGUAGACGGUGGUUAUCCUGGGCGAUCAGGGACUUCUGAAAUCAUUGUGACAGUGAUUGAUAAUAAUGAUAACGCACCACAGUUUGAAAGACAGCUCUACGAAAUGAAUGUAACCGAAAACACAACACCUGGGACUGAAAUAGUGCGCGUAAAAGCCACGGACGCAGACGAGGGUUUAAACGGAGAAAUUGAAUACUUCUUUCGAGAACAAACCGUCGAUUUAAUUUUAGCAUUGUUUGACAUUGAGCAUCUAACUGGGGCUAUUGUUGUAAAGGGGGAUUUAGACUAUGAGCAAACGAAUCUACAUAAAUUUGACGUCGUUGCCAAAGACAAAGGUAACCCUGAGAUGGAUGGUCAUUGUGCUAUUGAAAUAAGGGUAACAGACAUUAAUGAUAAUACACCUGAAAUAAUUGUGACGUCCAUAACGACACCCAUCCAAGAGGACUCGGCUAUAGGGACGGUUGUUGCGCUACUAAGCGCCAAAGACCCAGAUUCGGGUGACAACGGUAAAGUGAUGCUGAGCGUUUCUUCAAACUCUCCGUUUAAACUUCAGCCGUCUAUUUCUAAUCAUUAUGCGUUGGUCACUAGCGGGGCUCUUGACCGUGAGAACAACGCCCAUUACAAAGUUAAGAUAACUGCAGUUGAUCUGGGCAAACCAUCACUGUCUAGCGAGAGAAUUAUAGGUGUUGACGUGUUAGAUGUGAAUGACAAUCCUCCGGUUUUCUCCCAGUCGUUGUAUACGGUUUACGUUAAAGAAAAUUAUCCAGCGGGUAAAAUACUGUACUCCGUGUCUGCUAAUGAUUUAGACCAAAAUGAGAACGCCAAGCUGUCCUACUCCAUCCUGGACUCUAAAGUGCAGGACGUGUCUGUGUCCUCCUACGUCUACAUCAACUCGGAGAACGGCAGCAUCUACAGCAUGCACUCCUUUGACUAUGAGAAACUGAAGGUGUUUCAGAUUCAGGUGCAGGCAAAGGACCACGGUUCUCCGUCUCUGAGCAGCAACGCUACUGUUCAUGUUUUUAUUCUGGACCAGAACGAUAACGCCCCCUCUGUUAUCUACCCCUCCUCCGCUGUCCACGGCUCCCUCUCUCAGCAGAGGACGUCCCGCUCCUCCAAAGCAGGCCACUUGGUUACCAAGGUAACAGCUGUAGAUGCCGACUCAGGGCAUAACGCCUGGAUCUCCUAUAGACUGGCAGAGGCCACAGACGCCUCUCUGUUCGCUGUCAACCUUUACACAGGGGAGGUGAGGACUAAACGGGCUGUGUCUGAGCAGGACGACUCCUCUCAGAGACUGCUCAUAGAGAUUAAGGACGACGGGGAUCCGGUUCGGUCCACCACCGUCACCGUGUCCGUCCUGUUAGAGGACGGUCUCCACGAGCCCAUUCUGGACCUCAGACACAAGACGGACGAUUCUCACAAGAAAACGGGGAGAAUGGCUCUGUAUCUUAUCCUCUCCCUGGCCUCAGUGUCUGUGCUCUCUCUGGUGACUUUCCUCAUUCUAGCUGUUAAGUGUCUUAAGAGCAGCAGAAGCAGUGGUAGCUGCUGCAUGAGACGGAGCGACAGUGAGGACUACAAGAACCCCAACAGAAACCUCCAACUCCAGCUCAACACUGACGGGCCUAUUAAGUACGUGGAGGUCCUGGGAGGAGACAUGAUGUCUCAGAGUCAGUCCUUCAGGUCCUGUCUCUCUCCCACGUCAGAGUACAGUGACUUCACCUUCGUUAAACCCAGCAGCACCACAGACUUUAAGGACAUGAUCAACGUCUUAGACGCCUCUUUACCUGACAGCACCUGGACCUUUGAGAGCCAGCAGGUGAGAUGAAUAUAACUCAAAAUAAUCAUUCAGCAAUGAUUGUGAAUAUAUUAUUGAGUGCAUAAGGUUGUGUUCAAAUCACAAUAUUGUGAUUUGGCCUAUUUUGAAUUCUGCUUAACCCUUUUUAUUUGUUCAGCUCACUUGGCAACAUUUUACCAUUUGUAAAGGGCUUUGACGAGGAAUAAGAAUUGUUCAUUUGGAUUGUUUGUAAUUUUUGUUUCUUAACGCCAUGAUGCAGUUCCACAUAACUGGUUUGAAUUUCCCCUUAGACAUCCUAAGUGC